UUUUUUUUUUUUUUUGAUGGAGCUGGAGAACAUAGUAGCCAACACUGUAUUGCUGAAAGCGAGAGAGGGUGGAGGAGGAAAGCGGAAAGGCAGGAGCAAAAAAUGGAAGGAGAUCCUUCGCUUCCCCCAUAUAAGCCAGUGCACUGAGCUGGGAAACAGCAUAGAGAGGGACUAUGUCAGCAUCUGUGAGAAACAGCCCAUCGGACGGCUUCUCUUCCGUCUUUACUGUGAGACCAGACCUAAACUGCAACGAUGCAUCCAGCUACUGGACGCAAUGGAAGACUACGAGGUGACACCUGAUGAAAAAAGAAAAAGCAGAGGGGACCAGAUCAUCAAGACUUUUCUCUCAAAACAAUCACCUCAGCACGUAGACAUAGCUGAGGUUUUUGCAGACCAGUGCAGAGAGAACCUUGAGCUCAGUCCAUGUAAGGAGAUCUUCAGCAACUGCCGCAAGGCCGUUCAUGACUACCUUAGUGGAGCUCCAUUCACAGACUACCAGAACUCCAUGUACUUUGACCGAUUCCUGCAGUGGAAGAUACUGGAAAGGCAACCAAUCACUAAAGACACGUUCAGGCAGUACCGAGUGCUGGGGAAAGGGGGAUUCGGAGAGGUGUGUGCCUGCCAGGUCAGAGCAACAGGGAAGAUGUAUGCCUGCAAGAAGCUGGAGAAGAAGAGGAUAAAGAAGAGGAAAGGAGAGUCCAUGGCUCUCAAUGAGAAGCAGAUUUUAGAAAAAGUCAACAGUAGAUUUGUUGUGAGCUUAGCAUAUGCAUAUGAGACCAAAGACGCUCUGUGUCUGGUGCUGACCAUCAUGAACGGCGGAGACCUGAAGUUUCACAUCUACAACAUGGGCACGCCGGGCUUUGAGAAAGACAGGGUCCAAUUUUACGCUGCUCAGAUCUGCUGUGGACUCGAGCAUCUGCACAGGGAAUGUAUUGUCUACAGGGAUCUGAAACCGGAGAACAUCUUAUUAGAUGACAAUGGGCACAUCCGUAUUUCUGACCUGGGGCUGGCCAUCAAAGUGCCUGAAGGAGAACUCAUCAGAGGCAGGGUGGGGACUGUGGGUUAUAUGGCUCCAGAGGUGAUAAACAAUGAAAAGUACGGCAUGAGUCCUGAUUGGUGGGGGCUGGGCUGUCUCAUUUACGAGAUGACCGCUGGGCGAUCGCCCUUCCGCGCCCGCAAAGAACGAGUGAAACGGGAGGAGGUGGAGAGGAGGGUGCAGGAGGAAGAAGAGGAGUACAAUGACAAAUUUACAGAGGACACUAAGGCUAUCUGUAGAAUGCUGCUGACCAAAGACCCUAAGCAGAGGCUGGGUUGCCAGGCCGACGGAGGUGCGGGUGUCAAGGCCCACUCGUUCUUCAAAAACAUCAACUUCAAGAGGCUGGAGGCUGGAAUAGUGGAGCCUCCCUUUGUGCCUGAUCCUCGGGCAGUGUACUGUAAGGAUGUUUUGGACAUAGAGCAGUUCUCCACAGUCAAGGGAGUAAAUUUGGACCAAACUGACAAUGACUUCUACUCCAAAUUUGCUACAGGCAGCGUUUCCAUCCCAUGGCAGAAUGAGAUGAUAGAAACUGAGUGUUUCAGAGAUUUAAAUGUGUUUGGGCCACAAGGGGCUAGACCUCCAGAUCUGGACUGGAAUCAGCCGCCCGAGCCGCCCAGACGCAGCCUGCUGGACAGGAUCUUCAGGAGGCAUCACCCAGAGGUGUCUAUUUCCCACAGCCGUGUGCAGUCUUCCAGUGUGAACUCUGUGGACUCCAUGUCCAACUCUGCCCCCUAGUGGCACAGUGACAGUGUGGGAGCCACACACACACACACACACACACAAAGGGAAGGAGCGCUGAGGGGCUUCCCUGCUGCUGAUUGGUCGACAGCCAGGGCCUGAGCAGCAGCCGGAGACAGCCUGUCUAAAAAGCCUAAAUGGUCAGCCCAUGGGGUGGGAGUGGGUGACCAGGCCCUGAGACCCUGGGCAUUUGUAGUGGGAUGGUCAAUGUUGCAGAGACGUUUGGAAAUAUUCGGACAGACCUAACUCAUCCUCAGGAUUGUUGGACUAUAGAACAGAGCCACUGAUGUUGAUGAAAACAGAAAAAGGUAGAAAACAAGAUAAUAUUCAGGGGAUCCACUGUAUAAUAAAGACCACCACAGGGAACAGAAGAUGGGGUCUUAGUGAAUUUUUGUUUUUCCAGAAACUGAAUUUCUUCUCCACGCAUUUUCAGUCCUUUACUUUCUGGCCUGUAUCUUGUACCAGUAUCUCUCCAUCUAUUUACACCCUUCCGAGCGUCACCAUCUGUACAACUCAUACUGUAACUUACUCUUUCUCUGUAUUUCCACCUCCCAUACCUCAGAUUACUCCUUAGACAUUCAGAACACAUCACCUCAACAACCUCAACACAUAAUGUACACUGCCUUGCGUACACUCAGGCCAAAGAUUACAGUUUAGUUUUGUGAUACUGUUGUCAUGUUGAUUUCUUAGUUUUUGAAGGUUUGAAGGCCGUCGUUUAGAACCACAGGAGGAUCAGAAUGUGUGAUCCGUUUUAUACACUUUCUCUAAAUAUGAGCCUGCAGACAUAUCAUAUUGCUUAGAGCACACAUACAGUACAUGCAUACACAAUGAAAUAGACGCGCGCACACAGACAGAAUUGUGAGAAUCGUGUUGUGUUUUCAUUGCAUGGACAAGUGUAAGUAUGGAUAGCUGUAUCCCUUUUCGCUUCUGCAUACCUCAUUCCACUGACGUUAGCAUCGUAUACACACAGACGUCUCCCUUGGUUUACAGUGUCACUUUAUAUUUGACAUAAUGUGGAGUUGGAAAAAUUAAUUAAUAUGCUGUACAGUAACAAAAAUCUCUUCUUUUGUUUUUUUUGAUUUUGUUUUUUUUGCUCAGUUUUCUGCACAGUCCCCAUGGAGUGGAGAGGAACACAUGCACUCAGCCUGACUUACAGUUUGCACAAUUUAAAAUAAUGUCAUGCUGUUUUGUCGCCGAAUGAAAAUGUUUUUACCUCUGAUCGUUAAGGCACAUUAUUGUAUUGAUAUUUUCGCACGCCAGUUAUUUUCUACAACUACUAAAGUGUUCUUUCUCUCCCUAUGCCUUUUUCCAUUUAAAAUAUAUUGCUGCAUAGCCAUUGUUGUCACAUGUACAGGUUUUUAUAUUUGGCCCCUUUACACUUGCUCUUAACAUGCUCUUCAAAAUGCCUCACAAAUCCAAAGAGUCUUCCAUUUGUCUUGAGUUCAACCAUAUUUGAAGACACAGGGUAUCAGUAGCUACAUGAAAUGUUUAGCCUAUCUGAAUUUUAUUUAAUCGGUCCAGUUCAUUCAUGUGAGAGUAGAAGAGCAGAGGAAGACACCAGGAGAUCCUGCAAACACCACACAAAGAAGUGGCCUUCUGGCAGCAGCACAGCCAAUUAAAAGGGAGGAAGAGCUCAGUCUCUUCUGCAUGUUUUAAGAAUGUGGUAUUUUCCCUAUUUGAGGUAGUGAAAGCUGGUCCAUGCAGUAAUUUUAAUCAUCCUUACAAUAUCACACAAACCUGUUUUUUUUCUGCGUAGUUGAUAUGGAAAAAAAAAAAUCUGAAUCAGACUGAAGUGCCUCCUUGUUAGCAUGAUUUCCCAGACAAUGCCCACACAAACAUCAGCACUUUGUUUAUUCUCUGACUGUCAUGCUCUGUUUGUUUCAUUGGGGAACGCGUUAACACAAACACACACAGACUCACACGGUUUGUAGGAAGUGAAGGGAAGGAGGAGUGAAGGAUGCAGAUAGGAGGGCGUUGAUGAAUGGGGGAAUUUUUCCUUCUUAUUGUGUUGUACAGCAAAGUGCUGAGUGCAUGUGGAGGCCAGACCCAUUGUGUCCUUCAAGUCCCAAUAAACU